AUGCCGGCAGAAACGGAGCUGUCCGCUUGUGGCCCCCAGGAAAAGGUGAGCCCCCUGCCCCCCGGCCCUACAACAGGCGGUGUUUCCGUGGAUGUGCACGGUAUGUACUAAUGGUCUCUCUCUCUCUGGGUAGGUGGCCAGGGAUGCGGAAGUCCAGGAAGCCCCCCAUGAUGAAAUGCAGUAUCUCGGACAGAUCGGGCACAUCCUGGAGCGCGGGCACCGCAAGGAGGACCGGACCGGGACCGGCACCAUCUCGGUGUUCGGCAUGCAAGCCCGGUACAGCUUGCGAGGUGAGAGCCCGAGAAAACGCGGGAAAACACUUGGCGGCAGGUCGUUCCGUGCACAGCUAUGGGCAGUGCAGGGGUUAUUACUGCACAAUGCCUUAUUGCAAUGGAGUGACCCGCUUUCAAUGAUAAUAAUAAAAAUUCAUUCAUUCAUUCAUUGAAGGGUGACCGGCUGGCGGGAGAUUGUACCCCUUCCAUGGGAGCUCAGAUAGCGCCAUCUACUGGCACAGAAUCAGAGCACUGGGUAAAGGUCAGGGACUGGCAUAGUUAAAGUUAACACUAUGGGCACACAGACAAGAGUAUUGA